GGGAAUUGUGGCCACCACAGGUGCAGGGAGCAGUUCCUCUCUGCUCCCAGCCUGAAGCACUGCUGGCAGGAGCUGCCCCGAGAAGGGCCCAGCAGUGGGGCCGGUGGAGCCCAUCUCCGGCAGGGCUCGGCAGGAAGUAGGGUGGAGUCUGGGGCCCACCGAGGUGGGAGCUGGUACCCCAGGACUGCUGCACACCCAGACGAGCCGACCCACUGGUAGGAAGAUGCCUGGGGGUCCUGGAGUCCUGCAACCCCCGCCUGGGACAGUCUUCCUCCUCCUGAUCUGUGCUGCUGGCCUGGGCCCAGGGGGCCAGGCCCUGUGGGCGGAUUCGGGCCCACCCUCAAUGAUGGUGAGUGUGGGGGACGAGGCCCGCCUCCACUGCCUGCACGACAGCGGCCCCCAGGACGUCAAGGUCAAGUGGUUUCGGGUCCACCAAGGCCACAAUCCAAGGCCCCCUCAGCUCCUAGGUGAUGAUAGCCAGGACUCCACGGGCGACCUGGUCUUCUCACCAGCAAUGAAGAACCACUCAGGCCUGUACCAGUGCGAAGUCACAGACAACAAAAAUAUCACCAAGUGGCGUUCCUGCGGCACCUAUCUCCGUAUCCGCGAGCCGACCCCCAGACCCUUCCUGGACAUGGGGGAGGGCACUAAGAACAACAUCAUCACGGCCGAGGGGAUCAUCCUGCUGUUCUGCGCUGUGGUGCCCGGGACACUGCUGCUGUUCAGGAAACGAUGGCAGAAUAUGAAGUUCGGAGUGGAUGCCCAGGAUGACUAUGAAGAUGAAAAUCUUUACGAGGGCCUGAACCUUGAUGACUGCUCCAUGUAUGAGGACAUCUCCCGGGGCCUCCAGGGCACCUACCAGGACGUGGGCAGCCUCCACAUCGGAGACGUCCAGCUGGAGAAGCCGUGACUGUGGCCAGCUGGCCUGGCCGUCCCUAACUGCUGUGGCCCCAACUCCAGCGUCUCGCCCUUCCCUGGAACUUGCUCUUUCCACAGGCAUCUCUGGGAGGGCUCUGCAUGGCCCUCCCCCUUGGAAGGUCUGCUCUUCCUCCAGAUUGUCCUCCCCUCUAAUGCCUUUUCCAGGCUCCCACCCACUCACCCACCCAGCUGGUAAUGAGCCCUUAAUUGCUGCCUCUAGGGGAUUGAUUGUAGCGGCCUCUGUGUCACCUCCCCCCCUUCCCAGCUCUGGCACGGCCACUUAGUGUUAAUAAAUGCUUCCCAACGGCA